CGCACGACAUGGUCGCCCGUGCCCUCCUAGAGUCCCGCGCCGUUGUCGCCGCCGAAGCCCCAAGGCAUGGAGAAGUCAAGUAGCGAGGAAUCGGCCAUCCACCGCAGUCCGUCCCUGGACAGCCACGACUCGGAGUUUGCGCGCGCCUCUGCCGCCACCGGGGGCCGGCGCUUCGGGGGCCGCGGUUUCACCGCCGGCGCUUUCUACGGCUCCACGGGGCCCCGCGCUUCUUCGGGGGCCGCUAACGCUAACGCUAACGCCGCCGCGGCGGCCACCACCGCUCAGGCCCCGGCCGAGUGCGCCAACCCGGGGGGCAUCACCGCCGCCGGGCCCGCCGUGGCCGGAGACAAGAGUGGCGAGAACAAGUACAAGGCGCCCAAGGGGAGCAAGUACGUGGUGUUUUACCUGGACCUGUCCUUUGUGUUCCUCCUAGAGUUCAAGAAGUGCAACAUGGCGCGCGGGUGCCUCUGCUGUCUCAAGUACAUGAUGUUCCUCUUCAAUCUCAUCUUCUGGUUGUGCGGUUGUGGUCUGCUGGGCGUGGGCAUCUGGCUCUCGGUGUCCCAGGGCAGCUUUGCCACCUUCUCGCCCUCCUUCCCUUCCCUCUCCGCCGCCAACCUGGUCAUCGCCAUCGGGGCCAUCGUCAUGGUGACCGGCUUCCUCGGCUGCCUGGGUGCCAUCAAGGAAAACAAGUGCCUGCUUCUGAGCUUCUUUAUUGUCUUGCUGGUCAUCCUGCUGGCAGAGCUCAUAUUGCUCACCCUGUUCUUCGUAUACUCUGAUAAGGUCAGUGAGAACGCUAAGCAGGAUCUGAAAGACGGCCUCGCGCUCUACAACACAAACAACAACAUCGGCCUGAGGAAUGCCUGGAACAUCAUCCAAGCAGAGUGGAAGUGUUGUGGAGUGACUGGCUACACAGACUGGCACGAGGCCCUGAAGGAGAAGGUGGUACCCGACCGCUGCUGCCAAGAGCAUUACCAGGAGUGUGGGCGCAACUCCACCAACAUGUUCUGGAACCGGGGGUGCUAUGAAAAAGUGGAGGAGUGGCUUGAUGACAACAAGAACCUGCUGUGGAUGAUCGCCAUGGUUAUCCUGGUCGUACAGCUCCUGGGCAUGGCGUUCUCCAUGACGCUGUUCCACCAGAUCCAUCGGACUGGGAAGAAGUACGAAGCCUAACGGCAUCCACACCCUCCACAUCCAAUCAGCCCUCCAGCCCUUGAACCCCAACCACCCACCC